AUGCAGGGGCAAAAGCGCUAUCGCCGUCUAGAGUGGCAACUUAGGCUUAUGAUCCACCGGACCUGUCAAAGAUCAACCUUAAAAACUCGCCGUCCUUGGGUUUGCAUUGAUAGGCAGUCAGUUUUGUGUUUGCCGUACGACUUUAACGGCCGAGCACACGAAUCAAAGCAGGAAGGUUGCUUUUGCCGGUUACCUCUCCCGUCCGGGUCGAACCCAAAAAAGCGAUUGCGAGGCGCAGAAGCUAGAACGAGACCAGAAGGCUUCCCCGGAGACCCUUCAAUCUCCGCUCCUACAGACUGGAUGAGCAUGGCAAGGCAUGGGUUUGUUACGUGCUCCAUUGAUUUCUGA